GAGCAGCCUGGACGAUGGAUCCCUUAAUCAGUAGACUUCGCCGAAGCCGCGACCUUCGAGGCCCCCACAGCCCUGUUCUUGCCACACACGCUCCAUUAUAUACUUCCACCCUCUUCAAUUCCUUCCUGCGCUUCAUAACUAUGCCACUCCCCUUCUUGUGCACCGCUCCGGGGACGUGCUGCCCGUCUUUGAAUCUGUGAGGAGGAUCCUGAUUCUUGGCGGUGUUCUGUGUCAGGGUGGAGAGUUUUUUUAUUUCUCCUCUGCAUUCGUGAACGCUUGUGAUUACAUUGGGAAGUGAUGCGGAGGUCUUCGACGAGGAGAACAUGGGUGCUCCUCCACCCCGCCACUGGCGUUGCUGGUGCUGCAACAGUAAACAAAGCCACUGCCAAAGAACAAGAGAAAAUUGAUGGUUUCUUCAAUCAGUAUGCUGAUAAGGCCGAAGACCAUUGUAUAGGGAUGAGCAUGUCGAACCAGGGGAUAAUAAAAUUCUUGUGUAGGCCUGAAGGUAUUGAAGCAUUGUGUGAAGACCUUGGAGUUCCUCCUACAGAUGUACGAAUUCUGCUUCUGGCAUGGAAGUUGCAGGCUGCUCGGCAGGGAUAUUUCUCAUUGGAAGAAUGGAGGAAAGGAUUGAAGUCGAUGCGAGUAGAUAGUCUCGACAAGCUGAGGAAAGCUCUUCCAUCUCUGCAACAAGAGAUGGUGAGUCCGUAUAAUUUUAAAGACUUCUACACGUUUUCUUUCAAGUACUGCCUAACAGAACCUCGUCAGAAAACAUUGGAUUUGGAAACGGCUUGUCAGAUGUUGAGUUUGGUAUUGGGUUCUCGGCCACAUGUGGCAUCUUUUCUUCGGUUUUUGCAGGAACAAUCUGAAUACAAGGCUAUGAACUUGGAUCAGUGGUCUGCUUUCCUUCGAUUCUGUGAUGAGAUUAAGCCCGACCUCAGAAACUACGACGAAAGUCAAGCAUGGCCUUUGCUUUUGGAUAAUUACGUGGAAUGGGCUAAGAAGGGCAUGGUAACCAAGUCAUGAUAUCUACUUUUUACUCGAUUUAGAGCAUCUCAAUUGCUUCAUACUCGAGGACCAAGAGGGGUCUGGUGCUAGAGGACUUAUGGCCAACAUGAGAACCUGACCCUUGCUCGUAGUAAUAGAAUCGUCUAUCAUGAUCAUUGUACCUCUAGAAACCCACAAUCUUGCUCCCAAUAGCUUUAUCUUUUCUCACUGAAAAAAAGAGCAGUGCAAGCUUUGAUAUAAUCUAGUGCCACAUUUUGAUUUUUGAUCACUAGUCAUGGGAGAGGCUCACGUCGAAUUCCAUUUAUGGUCCUUUCUGCUGCUCAUUGCGGAUAUAAAUUUAGAUUUUUACAAUGA